GUAGAGUACAUUCCCUUGACAGAUGGUGCAAUGGUUGUGUAUGGCACAUUCAGGAAUUUUACUUUAGGAACUCGCCUUUGGAAACAUUCAGAAAAGUUUCUAUUGUCAUCGUAUUCCAUUUCUUUACGGAGUUCAGCCAGACAAGAUACAAUGUCAAGAAGAUCCAGGCCAGGAAAAUACGACAUGUCUAAAGUAAAACUUCGGGUGCUAGUGGACAUGGACAUGGUGUUGUGUGACUUCGAAAGACAUUUUCUGGAAGUUUAUCAAAAAAAAUUUCCUGAUGAACCAUUUAUUCCUUUAGAAGAUCGCAAAACGUUUUACGUUCGAGAUGAAUAUGCAAAAUUAGGUGCAGAUUUGCCAGACAAGGUAAGAGAAGUGUACAAUGGACAGGGAUUUUUUCUUAAUCUCCCAGAAAUUGAAGGAGCAUGCAGUGCAGUGAAAAAGAUGGCUCAAAUAGAGGAUGUUGAUGUUUUCAUCUGUUCAAGUCCACUUACUGACUACAAGUUUUGCCUCCAGGAAAAGUUUGAGUGGAUUGACAAACACUUAGGACCAGAAUGGCUGGACAAGAUUGUUUUAACAAAGGAUAAAACGAUGGUGAAUGGGCACAUUCUCAUUGAUGACCGUCCAAACAUAAAGGGUGCUGUGUUGAAGCCUUCAUGGCAACAUGUUCUCUUCACUGCCCCCUACAAUCGAAAUGUUGAUCUGAAUGGCAGAUGCAGGAUUGAUUCUUGGAUUACAGAAGAGUGGAAAGACAUUAUAGAAGAUUUUAAAAAGAGAAUAGGAUAGUUUUACUUAAGUCAGUCUGCUUCCUUAAAUUUAUAUGUAGAUAGCCAAGAAAAUUCCGCUCUGUUUCUUGCUUUUCAUAUGCUGGGACCACUUGUUGCUUAUCUUCAUCCUCAUUUCUUUUUCAUGUUUUUAUUGUGACUACCUGUAAAAGCACUGUUGUAAGUAGAAUAUUGCUAUGUCUUGCCAACCCUGCUUCUUGCUAUAUCUUGCAGCAGUUUUCCUAUUUUCUCUUGAAAGAAAAGAAAAGCUGCCAUGGUCACCUCUAACCAGUUGCAGUUGAUGGUUACAGGUGUAGGUGACUAUGUAAUAUGUGGAAUGCAGGGUGGAAGACAAUGUACAGGUCUUGAUGAAUACCUUUUUUAAAGCUUAUUAAGAUAUAAGUUAAGCUCAUUAAGAUAUAAGAAGAAGUCAAGUAGUCAGUGAACAGAUAAAAGACUGCAGUAUCUUUCUCUCAGUUAGGAUUACAAGUGUGUUCACAUGCAUUCUUCCCCUGAACUCCUCACACACCAUAUCAGUGUUUACAUUCUCGGAUGUCCUCUGUACUCAGGGCACUUCACCAGUACUGUUUGAACUAUGUGGUUUAAAAUGUUGGCUAAACAAUGGCUGCUUCUUCGUACCAUUAAACAAAACAAAUAAUAUU